AUGCACGCUUCGUCCCGUCCGCGACCGCUGUGCGAGCUGUCGAUUUCUCCUGUCCUAACAAAGCCCACAAAGGCCCCGCCACGCCCCCCCCCCCCCUUCGCUGCUCCUCCCUCGGCCUUCGACCCGCCCGCGAUCCCCCCCGCCACUACUCUCGCCCUUGCGCCCGCGUCCGCGCCAGCGUCGGCCGCGGUCCCCCGAAGCUCUCUCUCCGCCGCCGCCGCCGCCGCCGCUGCCUCCGCCGCUUCCGCUGGUGGCGCGCCGUCGUCCGCGGCGACGCCUGGCGCGUUGGCAGCCCUGGUGGCGCGGCGCGAGAAGCUGGAGGAGCAAGUGGCGAGUGCGGAAAGACAGCUGUUCGACCUGGAGACGGCAUACCUGCACGACUCGGCGCACACCGGCAGCGUUCUCAGAGGCUUCGACUCCCUUCUUGCCGCUCCUAGAGCCGCCAGCAGCAGCAUGAAGCGUCCGAGAAAGUUCCUGGCAGAGGAUCGCCUCUUCUCGCUGUCAUCGUGCACAUCAUCUGCUGCUGAGGAACAAGCGACUGGGAGAGACGCAGGUGUGCCACCCACCCCUUCCUUUGCCUUGCCCCCAUGUUCUUUCUGUUCACCACAUCUGCUGUUCGCCACCGCACUGAAUACCACCACACUCAACAUCACCACUCUGCACACAUACGCCCCUCUCUUUGCAUCUUGCCAUCCCUCCUCCCCCAACCUUCCCAGCUGCUUCCUGCCACUCCCAUCUGCUUCUCCCUCCAACCCUCAACCGCUCUCACUGCCCGCAUGCCUCAUCAUUCCCUAA